AAACAAAAACUAAACAGAGGAAAAUUAUCGAGGAGCUUAGAAUACAAAUCAAAACCCUCCACAUAUUUCUCUACACUCAUCUGUAUUAACCUGUAGCAGGGGCAGGGCCAGGGGGGUUUAGAAGAUAUAGCCAUGGCGUCAACCACCACCUCCACCCCUCUUUCUCUCUCCUCACCCUCCUCUUCCACCCUCAUUGAUGGCAAGGCUGCUCGCCAAUCAGCAGCUGCAGCAUCAUCACAUUGUGUAACCCUCCCCACCCUCCCUCCGCCUCCUGUGCAUUCUCAAAGCCGCCCCUGGAAGACCACUGCUUACUGUCGAAAAAUUGCCCGCGAUGUAGCUGCCAUGGCCACUGGAGAAGCACCUGCUGAAGUUGUUCCAGCAACUGAGCUAUCAGACAUUGUCAAGACAGUCCAAGAAGCAUGGAAUAAAGUUGAAGAUAAGUAUGCAGUGAGUUCUCUUGGUGUGGCUGGCGUUGUUGCACUUUGGGGCUCCGCUGGAAUGAUCUCGGCAAUUGACAGGCUUCCAUUAAUUCCUGGUAUUCUUGAACUUGUUGGAAUUGGAUACACUGGGUGGUUUGCAUAUCAAAACCUGAUCUUUAAACCAGACAGGGAAGCUUUGAUACAAAAAAUCAAGGACAUCUACAACGACAUACUUGGGAGCAGCUGAGAGGAAAUCGCGUGGAACUAAUGCGCUGGCUACUGGUCGAAUUAACUAGCUAGCUAGCAAGGUGAAUUAAUUCUCAGUUAUGCUGCAGAUGCAUCCUGUCCUGUUCGUGCAUGAAAUAUGAUAAUCCUUCUUUUUUUCAUUUUUUUUCCACAUCAGCUUCCCUAUCUAACCAUAGUACGUAAAUAAAUUAAACCUCAUGUUAUGUACCUUUUUCUUGAAGUCUAGAUACAUGAAUCUAUUUGUCUAUGUGCUAUGUUUCCCUUCCUUCU